UUCAAUAAAAGCUUGUAGAUUUUUCAGCGGUUUUUGAGCGCGCGCUCAUCGUGGGCUCAAUUCGAACGUUCAAAAGUAGGCAGCCACCUUAAGAUUGUAAUUUACGUCCUAAUAUUGCGAUUGUCAACAGGAAUUAGUUUACUGGUUGAUGACAAGCGGAUUCGUAUCCCAGGCAAAAGGAUUUCUCUAUCAAACAGACAGGGUAACCCUGCCACUAGGGUAUCCCGCGGGUGUAUUUGUAACCCUUUUGCUAGGAUAAUCCCGUAGUGGUAGUGUUACCCUCCCUUAUCGUAAAGAGACCCUUAAUUUAGUGUUUUGAUCAAAAUUGAUCAACACGUGUUUUUCCGACGAACUCGUCCGAUUGCACUAAGCAAAAGGGUUACCAGUUUAGAAACUCAAUAAAGUUGUGUUAAUGAUAGCGAUUUGACAUUGUUGUCUGUUAUUUAUGUCCUCUUUUCAGUUUUUUAUUUUAUUUCUGAUUUCUGAAAAUUAGGAGGGCAGGUCGGGCACUGGAAAUAUGAGGAUGGCCAAAUAAAUAUAACAAAAUCACUCAUUAAAGUCUUUGACAAAACGAGAUGCCACAGAGCGGCAAAGCUUAUUUAAAAUUUGCCUCCAAUCACCAUUAUUUCUCCUCUGGUGUCUUUUGGCCAAUUUUGAUCUUUGAAUAUCAAUUUCUGUUGUAUUGGUCGCCAAGGAAACCAUUUAUYGUACUGGAGUUAAUUGGAUGUGGUCUAUUGUUGUUUCCAAUCAUCAAGCUGUUAUGACUGGCUAGUGUAAAUCCGUUAGUAAUUAAUUUUCGCUUUUGUGUCAUUACUUUCUUUGUUUAGACGGGUACUUCAGUCAGGAURUUAUAUCUGUACUGUAGUAGAGAAACCACUAUCUUUGACAUUAAUCUAUGCAUUGAAUCUUUCCUGAAUAAUUAUAAACUAGUGACCAAACAAGGUACCUAGAUUGUGCUGGGAAAGAACGACUUGUGUAUCAAAGUAUUAGAAUAAGAAUAAUAUUUAUUGCCUUGUACCGUAUUGAUUUCUACGCGUGCCAACAAUGUUUAUUACAGUUCGUUAUGGCGGUGAGUACAUAACCUCGACGACUUGUUUGCUUUAGUACAAAUUCUUUUUUAAURGCAUGAUGGUUUCUAGUACUCAUUCGAUAUCUUAAAUUUUCUUACUCAAGAUGGCGAAGAAAGUUUAUUUAACCCUAACUGUAGGAUCACAGCUCUUCUGGCGGACAUUAAACGACGCUGUAAAUGCACCAAGGAUGGUAAGUGAUCUCACUAACAGCUCUUGCUAUAAACAAGCAAACAAUCCCCACAUCUUCAGCGUUACAGUAGUUUGAGGYCGGGAAAAUUCUCAUUCAAGAACUGACUUAUAGAAUAGUCUAGGUCAUUGAUAAUGGUCGAUAGUUAUAUAGUCAAAUCAUUUCCCGCUCAAAAGAUGAUAAAGAYAAGUCUGCUGCCUUUUUUUUAUAUUAACUUUCUAUGGACUCACAAACUUGUCCCUCAUAAACCCUAAARUUAUGAAUAUUUCUUCAAACUUCUCGUUUCAAAUCUUCUACCAUCUCCUCUUUGCCUCUCUCAGUUUAGUCUCUCUUCCUUCCUUUCUCUGCCCGACUAUUUAACCUUUUCCAGCUAAAUAUAGUAAAAGUAGUCCAACCAAAAAUAUUUCCAACUGUCUUAUGUGUUCCACAGCAAUGGUCGAUUUAUCCGACGAGAGAGGAARUCUUAAAUAUCUAGUUGACCAUCCACUAAGCUAUGCUUCGGACAUACUAAAGGAACGUGAAUCAUUCGUGUUAAUCAGGAUAGAAAAAAAACCAGAGGAUCAAGGAUCAUCGUAUGUCCCACWGCUAAAUGAUAUCGCCAUAGUUACGUCAUCAUUUCUUGAACGUUUAUCGAAGUGUGAAAGUGAAAUUAAUAUCAACAAAAGUUCUGCCAGUAAACCUAGUGCAUCAGCAGCUCCAGCGACAAACAAAAAGGGAAGUGCACUGAAUAAAGCRAAGGCAGCAUUCUUGUCCAGCCCAACACGAGGGAAAACUAGGGAGAGAAGUCUUUCGAAUAAAAGUCCAACUUUGAAAAAAACUACCAGAUAAAAAGCUAAAUCACAAAAAGCAAAUGAAUUAUAGAAAUAACAGUUGCACGAAAGAACGAAAGAACGAAAGAUUUGACAAGCGGAGUAAGCGUAUAAAAAGAAUAUGCAGAAUAUAAAUUUAGGGUUAGUAAUAAUUUGGACCCAGUUGUUGAAGUUUCCUGUGACAUGAGUGAAAUCACUGACGAAUCUUUACAUAAACGUAMUGAGUAAUAAACGUUGAGUAAUAAGCGCUACCCGGCGGAUAAAUCCUUAUCCAKUGGAUAAGUCGAUGCUGUUUUCCAAUAAAUUUAUCCAUUGGAUAAGAUUUACCGUGGUAUAGCGCUAUCCAGGCUUCGUAYAACCGGGCCCAGAUGUAUAAAUACCAUCGACUGUCUCUCGUUUUCCCACUGGACUCUGAAGAAGUGACUUCCGCUCAGGAUGUCGCAGUCAACACCAAGAAURGUCUCCCUCGCAUCCGUUUUUAGUGUCGGUCGUCACGCAACGCUCCCUCCCCACAAGCCUUGCCACACAACCAUACAAUUCUUUGUAAUUUAUAGCGGUUUUCAAAAAAAAAUUAGACAGGAAUGGGUUAUACUAUGGAGGAUUUAAUUAAAGCGGAAAAAUAUUUCUAAGGUCUAUAUCUAUUCGAGUAUCUUAAAAAAAAAAAAAAGAAUUUUAAAAACAGAAU